AUGAAUAUCCAUGGGGACAUUGGCACCGCCCCGUCCAACCUUAGUUUGCUUGCGAGCCGUCCUGAACGAUGUAUAGCCACAGAUCAAGCUGGGAAAAACCAAGUCAUCGUCACGGCGGCGACAACUCCACCAGGCGAAAAGUUAGGAAAGGGGAAAGGGCUUCGUUUCGUCAUUAUGCGAGCGCCAAACCUGGAGAAACGACAUUCGUCACAUUCACGGAGACUGAAAAAGAGACAAGCCAAAUCAUGCGCCCCCCCAAAACGGGACCCUUUUCCACCGCUGAGUCCUCAGAGGGCCUUGGGACAUCCAAGAAGAGACGAAUUCAAUGCUUUGCCGAUCGAAAAUACUCGCUCUGUUGAUAUUGCACUCGACUAUGUAGUGGUUCACCUGUUGCAUGAUCCAUUCAGCUCUCAUACCAAUGAACUACCAAAUGUCUACCUGCCAGUCCUCAGACUAGGCAUGGAACACGAAGACCUGUUUGAAGCAAUUGUGGCCUUCUCAUUGGUCCAUCGAGAAACCAACUACUCCUACGCCCGAAUCAAAGUCACGCCUGAUAUUGCCUAUCACAAUGGUCGGGCUAUUGAAGCUUUGCGGAAAAAGUUGACGAAUCCGAAAACUUGCGCCGACGAUGCUGCUAUUUUGACAUCUUUGCUCUUGACUGACGGCGCAGCGAAGUAUGGGACUCGAGCAGAAUUACUCGUUCACUACACGGGCUUAAAAAGAAUGGUUAGCAUGAGAGGUGGCGCAGAAGCCCUGGGGAAAGAUGGCACGCUGAGGGCGGUGCUCGAAUAUGCAGAGCGCGUCGCGGACUUGACAGGCGUGUCCAGAGAAACGGAAGCAGUCAGAACGAGUGACGACAAACGAUGUUCGCAAGAACCAGACCUGCCAAUUUCGCGCCUGCAAUAUCCCGCACAUCCAUUUCCUCCCGAUCUCUGCACCGGCCUCGCAGAUCUUUCUGAGGGCUUUCGAGAGCUUGCACUCUCUUGUCGAUUGAGCACCGAAGUCAUCAGAUUGGUUAUCGCCGCGCACAAGCAAAUCUGCGUAGACACAGAAGACCGUUACCCACGUACCAGGAUCUACUGUCCAACCAUGGUGGUAUUGUAUGCGAAGCGAUAUCUCGAAGUCUCGGACCGCGUCACUGAAUCUAUUGUCUGCCUAAGCAUCAUCAUGAUCAGUAUGCGGUCGUUUGCAAGCUACUUUCGCGCUCAAGAUCGCCUGCUGCUGGAGAAUCUUGUUUUACUCGCCUCGAAGCGUGGAAUUGAAGAAUCGACCUUGGACCAAUACCAUCACUUUGUCUGGACCAUAAUUAUGGCCGCCGAAGGUUCUCGAAGUGAUGUACUUUCUCCAUAUGUGGACACGCUAAUAUGCACGUUACUGGGCCCCAGUGCACGGAACGAGCUGAAAGCACAGGACUUCCUGCAAGACUGGACAAAAUUGGAGAAGAUACUGAAGAAGUACCUCUGGCGGAGUGAUCUGCUGUACGAGUGGAAAUGUACAUGGGAGUCUGCCAUGGCGUCCUUGAAAAUGGAAUCCGAACGCAACAAAAAGUCAUCCCGAAGUUGGGGGGACCGCUCUGGUGUUUCAGAUUGA